GCACCGCCCACUUUUGCACGCAGAAACACGACGUCAUAGACGUCAGUCGCCGUGAAAUGCAUGAAGGGUAACGUUAGUCAUGGCAUCAACGGGAUAUUUUGGUGACGGUCCGCCGAUGCGCGAGCGCGACUUCACCGAGGCCAUCAGCCAGAGGAUGCGCGUGCCCGAGCGGCUGAGGGUCGGUCCAGCGCGUCACGCGCACGAACCGGAAGAUCUGUCUGCUGCCUACAGCAUGCACAUACCAGACAGACUGGCCUUAACAGAUGCUCCUGAUAUGAGUCCACGACCUCUUUUCUCCAAACACACAACAUCAACGUGGGACUUGCAGCACGCGUCCAGGGACAGGGACGCGUUAAUGAGAGAGCCUGUCCAGAGUCCAUUGCGAAGGUCUUAUAGUGACCAGGCCUUCGGUCGAACCCCGCCUGGAACCCCCACACACUCCAGACAAACACUGCGCUCCCAGUCUCCUACCCCUGUCCGCAAUAGCCGCCGUGUUGGACACACAGACCCGUCCCCGCCAAAGCCCCCGGGGCUUCCCUCUAUCCCGCCCAACCUGCUGUCCCCACAGAGCAUGCUACAGGCCGCCAGGGAGCUGGGCCAGCAGGCGUCCCAGAAACUCCUGCAGAAGUACUCCUCCAGGUUUGGUUACCCCGAAAACCAUCCCUCUCAGGCUGUGGAGGUUCAACCUGAUCAGAGCAGGACAAGUGCCUCGCAGGAGUUCUGGCUCAGUCCUGAAGAGGACACCGGCACUGCUGUUGAGUUGAUGGUGCUCCGCAGACAGGUGGUGAAGAUGAGCAGGAGGGUAGCAGGUCUGGAGAGACAGAACACAGAGCGCAGACAGACCGAGCUGGUGCUCUUCUCUCUCUUACUGUCUGCCUGUCUGAUCAACGGCUGGGUGUGGAUGCGCAGAUGACGGCUCACCUCACAACACUACAAGAGCUGAAGAGCCCGGGAACUACAACACUGUGCACAUAUUGUGUUCCAGUGAUUUACAUGGAUGCAUUCGUUCCAUCCCAAUUAUGGUAAACUGCUCCUUUAGAGGACUGUCUUCAGAAUGAGGCAUACAUGUUUGCACCAUCCAUUAUAUGUGCGUUGUGAGAUCAUGCUUGUGACAUGGGUCACUUUGGUCUGCAAGUGGUUUGAGGGAACUCAAGCAUGUUUUUCUCACAGAUGAUGUCAUUCAGUAAUGCCAUCUCUCUUUGGCUCUUUGAUCAGACUAGUAGAAGCUAGUUUGUUUCGUGUUUGAUUUAUUCGGCAAACUAUGUAAAUGAGAUUCUGCAUGCUUUACAAGCCUUGCAGGUUAUGAAAGUCUAAAUAUGAGGGUUUAUAUUUAGUUUUCUUCCAAUUAGGCACUUGAAUAGCCUUCACCCAUUUUAACAUUUGCCUAGCCUGAUGAAUGUAUAUUUAAAAUAAUAAAAAUUAAUUAUUCUCA